AUGGUCACAGAAAACGUAAACACUCGAUAUCCGCCUCCCUCGGCUGAUUUCGACCUUCCCGGCCGGCAUAGAGUUCCUCACCCACCGCGAUUGGAGUCUCUAGUCGAUCCACGAGCGCGAACUGCAAAUUACGGUCCGACGUCCUCACCUCACUCUCCCCGCUCAACACAUCGCCAGAGAUCACGUUCGCCUCUGCCACAGCCUCGUAACCCUCAUGAAUACCCCUGGCCACCCACUCCGCCUCACCACGUACCCUCGCAGGGUACGAGAGGCGAAUGGAAAACCCCUAGGCCCCCCGGUCGCCCUCAACUAUACGCCACACCACCUGAAACCCACCCCCCCGAAUUGGGCGCCGCGAGAUGA